AUGACUACCGAUAUUGAAGCUCUUAAGGCAUCUUACAAGGCUGCAGGCCAAGAUCACGUUUUCACCUUUUGGGACAAACUUUCUAAAGAUCAACAAGAUGCUCUGGUCGCGCAACUUGUCGAGUUUGAUCCUUCCGAAAUCUCCACAAUUGCCAAAGACACAAUUGAGUCUUUUACAAAGCUGACCAGUGGCUCUGCUGCUCCUGAAGACUCAUCUGUUGAACCUUUGCCUGAAUCCGCAACAUUCUCGCUAUUGGACUCGUCAAAGGAACAGCAGGAUAAGUACUUUGCUCAGGGUCUUGAGCUCAUUGCUGCAAAUAAAGUGGCUGUCAUUCUGUUGGCUGGUGGUCAGGGUACACGUCUUGGAUCUUCAGCACCAAAGGGUUGCUACGAUGUGUUGCUGCCAUCGCACAAGUCGCUUUUCCAACUUCAAGGUGAGCGCAUUGAGCGUCUCCAAAAUCUCGCACAGGCCAAAGCUGCUACUUCUUCUACCAAGGUAGCCAUUCCCUGGUACAUUAUGACAUCGGGUCCCACACGCAAACCCACCGAAGAAUUUUUUGAAAAGAACAAUUAUUUUGGUCUUGACAAGGCCAAUGUUUUCUUUUUCGAACAAGGUGUCUUGCCCUGUCUUACUACUGAUGGUAAGAUCAUUCUCGAAAGUGCAGGUAAAGUGGCUGUUGCACCUGAUGGUAACGGUGGCUUCUACAAGGCUCUUGUCAAGGCCGGUGUUAUUGCUGACCUCGAGAAACGUGGCAUUGAACACGUGCAUACUUACUGCGUUGACAAUUGCUUGGUCAAGGUUGCUGAUCCGCUCUUCAUUGGUUGGGCCGCUGAUCUCAAGCUCGAGGUCGGUACCAAGGUUGUUCGCAAGCGCGAUGCCGCCGAAUCUGUUGGUCUUAUUGUGGCCAAGAACGGUGCUCCUGCCGUCAUUGAAUACUCUGAGAUCUCAAAGGACCUUGUUGGUCUGCCUGAUUCUGCUGAUCCUUCGAUUCUCAAGUUCCGAGCUGCAAAUAUUGUUAAUCACUACUACUCUGUUCCAUACCUCCAGUCUAUCCCUUCAUGGCCUGCUUCUGUCUUGCCUUAUCACGUUGCUCACAAGAAGAUUCCUUACAUUGACUUGGCCACAGGGGUUGAAGACCCUAAGCCUACCAAGCCCAAUGGUAUCAAGCUUGAGCAAUUCAUCUUUGAUGUCUUCCCUGCACUUUCUCUUUCCAAGGGCCAAUUUGGCAGUAUGGAGGUUCACCGCUCCCAAGAGUUUUCGCCUUUGAAGAAUGCCCCAGGAUCUAAAGAAGAUUCCCCUGAGACUUCUCGUGAGCAUUUGCUUGCUCAGUCCAAGGGCUGGCUCGAAGCCGUUGGUGCCACUUUCCCAAAUUCUGAGACUGUUGUUGAGGUUUCCCCCCUAACAAGUUAUGGUGGUGAAGGUCUUGAAAAGUUUAAGGGCACUGUUUUCGAUAAGCCUGAAUACAUUAUUUAA